GCAUGCAUAUGUUUGUGCGCUUGUAAUACAUGCACACACACACACAAAUAGAAGUAACUGUGUGUGAUUCUAUGGGGUAAAUUUUUGUUAAAGUGCUAAUAAAUUGUGGGUCUGCCGCCGCAUUUCAAUUCGCACACGACAAUGGCCGGUCGCAUCCAGUGGUCGCCUCAACAUUUAUAUUUAUCGCCUGCCCAAAACGUUUAGCUUGUGAAAUUCAUCGUCGGACGGAUGGAUGCAUAUUUGGCAGGCGUGCAAGCUGGCCAAAAAAAAAAUAUAUAUAAACAAUAUAAUAUACUUGGUGAUUAGUUAGGGCGCGAUCAGUGUGAUAGCCAUCAAGUUGUAGUUGAGCAGCAAUUAAUUAGUUGGCCACACUCGACAUCGACUCAAAGUUCUCUCCAGGGUUGCUAUUUACAAGUGCCUCGCUGUUUGUCGUUUGUUUUCGACUCGAUUAAAUGAAAAUGUAUUGUCGUAGCCCUCCAUUGUAAUAAUAAAAUUUGUUGGUGUUAUUCCCCCUCACUCCUACUAAAGUGAAAUCUUAUAAAUAUUUUGUGAAAUACCGCAAUAAAUCGCAAAAGCCCGAACAGUAUUGUAAUUACGUUCCGAUAGUGGGCAAGACAGUAGCCGCAAAACUGUACACUGCACCUCAAACUGUAGAAAAUAACUGAAUGCGAAAUGCCGCGAAAAAGAGUGGAGUUUCGCGUGAAGCAGUCGUCGUCAUCGUCACGUCCAAUGCCAAUGGCAACCAUACGCAACGGCACAUUGGAGGAGGAUCUGCAUCCGGACGAUGAACUUGCUGCGAACUAUGAAUCAUUUGGCACCACACCGCCGCGCACCCGUCUCAAGAUCAAGAAUCGCGACUGGGAACGCAAACAGAAGUACAAUAUUGUUGAACCUUGCGCAGCUGCAGCGGACAGUGUGGCGGGUGGCACACCCAAGAAGGGCAUGACGAAGAUGGCUCGGAAUCGUGUCCAGCGUCGCAAUACGAUGGACUGUGCCCUGCUCAACGAGAUGUUCGUCAACGAGGAGAGCAAGCGGACGGACAAGCGACUGCAAUCGCUGCUCCGGGAUUCGGAGCGCGAGAUGAAGAACUCGCUGGCAUCGGCGACGGCGGUGGCGCCGCCGCGUGGCAGCAGUUUCCAUGAGGUGGCACAUCCGCUCGAAUCGCAGGACAAGAUAAUGCCGCUUAGCUCGGAUGAGCCGGCGGCGCUGUUGGCGUUACCAAUGCGCAUCGCUUCCAAGGUGGUGGAGAGUUGCAAUCGCUAUCGGUGCGUCUCCUCGCGACCCAUUGGCUGUCGUUCGUCGGCGCCGCCAUUGGCAUUUGCGGCGGCGUUGCCCACACUGCGAGUGGAUAUGAAGCCGACGCCUGGUUUCACCAAGCGUAAGGAUUUCCACGAGACUUUCUCCAAUCUGAUCAAGUUGGGCAGCGUCGAUAGGCAGGAUGGGAAAUUGUCGCAGGAGGAGCACACGUGGCAGACGGAACUGAAGGAUCUCAUCUGGCUGGAGUUGCAGGCGUGGCAAGCUGAUCGCACCGUCGAACAGCAGGACAAAUAUCUGUACGAUGCCCGCCAUGGUGUCUCCGAUCUGCUCGACCAGAUCAUUAGGUACAAGUUUCAGCCACGCUACAAACGCGAGCCCAGCCUGCUGAGCCUCGACAGUGGCAUACAUUCGGACGCCAACUCCAAUGCCAGCUCGCCAUUGCCGAGCAAGUUGUGUCAGGGCUGCAUGUCGUUGUACUGCAAGGAUUGCAUGGAGCGACAGGAGUUGGCGCUGCGCGAAGUCACCGAUCUACUGGCACGCUUGGAGGCCGCCGAGGCCUUGUAUCCAUCUUCCCAGGCAAUGGGUGCCUUGCAUCCCAUUUACAAAUCCCAGAAAUUUGUGGGUCGCAUCAAGGCCAUGUGCCUGUGGUACAACAUUACCAAGCAGAACAAGCUCAAGCUUAGUAUUCUGGGCCAAAUUCUAGCAAGACUGCAAGAUGAGAAAUUCUCGUGGCCGGUGCAGACAUCCUGCAUGGGCUCGGACAGUGGCAACUCAUCGGCGUCUGGUGUGGAGAACGAUGACUCCGCCGUCAAUUCGAUGGACUCGGUGAAGCCGCCGAGCGUGGCCAGCAAUGGUCAGACAGUGCGACGAGGAUGCGGCACCAUGUCCUGUGCCCGGGUGCAAUUCAUGCUGAACGACUCCACACACGUGCCGGGCGAAACCUCCAGCAGCAAUGAAUCCACCUCAACGGAGAUCAGUCAGCUGUCCAAUGAGCUCUCCGCUUGCCAUUUGCGCAAGGGUUCGAUGCACGACAUCAAUAUCUUUAGCGUGGAGCCGCUGGGCACCUCGAGCAAUGAUUGCAAUGGCGAGCAGAGCUCCGGCCUCUAUCGCAAAUUCAUCGAAAAUGUGCUCAAGUGCCGGGGAUUGGCCAAAUCUCUUGCCUUCCUCCAUCAGUUGCACACGGUGGCGCUGUACAAGGCGCACAUUGCAUUAGAGAAGCCGGGCGCUGAGGAUCUGGAGGAUUUUGAACUGGACGCAGAGAUCAGUGAACAGGAUGUGCCACGCAUGGAUCCACAGAUCAGUCGCGAACAGGUCGUCGAGUUGCGCACCUAUGGCUAUUGGAGCGAGGAGGCCCAAUCCCUCAAUCUGCCCUCGUACAUUCCCACAUUUGUGUUCCUCAGCGGCAUUCCUCUGCAGUUCAUGCACGAAUUCCUGCGCAUGCGCCUCGAAACCCGACCAGUGCGUCCCAAUCCCCUCAGCCUCGAGCAGCUGAUGAAGGAGUUGCGCGAGGGCCUAACACUGGCGCUGACGCAUCGGGAGCGCUAUCAGCGGCAUAUAACCACAGCGCUGGCCGAGAACGAAACCGAACUGGGCAGUUAUAUGACCAUCCUCAAUCAGUACGAUGCGACGGUGCGCAAAACCUUUGAACUCUAUCUAGACUACAUUGAUCAGUUGGUGUUGGUCGCUGUGCCAGAGACGAAUCAAAAAUCGGUGCUGGAGAAGGAGUGGAUGUUCACCAAGCUAAUCAGCCCGAUGAUUAAGGGCAUGCACACCUUGGCCUCGCAGAAAUUCUGUCGCAUUAUUAGCAAACUGUUGUGCAGCAUUUCCACACGGCUGGUGAAACGAUCCGAGGAGUUGAACGAACAGGUUGCCAGCACCGCACAGACCGAUGAUAGCGAAGAUCUCAAGUGGCAACUGUUGACCAUUUGCCGGGAGACCCAAUCAUUGCUCACCGUCGAGCGGGAGCGUUCCAUUAAGGUGCUCUUCUUUGCGAAGACAUUUUGUCGUGACGUCGAAACGACUGAUUUCCAUCGGGAGCACUACGAGCACGAUGUGGCCAAUCAACAGCAUGAUUUCAUCUGUUCGGAUGUGAAGGCCGCCUUCAAGCUGCUCCAGCACGAUGUGCUCGAGGUGCGCAACAUGCUGACGGGCAUCAUUAAGGGUGUUCAGUGGCGCUGCUGUCUCCGCAACAUGAACGAUCUGGACGAACAGGAUCGGUUGGCGGUCAUGUCACGCACCCGCGAGAUUCUACAUCAGGGCUACAAGUUUGGUUUCGAGUAUCAUAAGGAUGUGAUCCGGUUGUUCGAGCAGCGCAUCAUGGAUGUGAAGGAUAGCAGACACACUGUGGACUUGGCAUUGGGCAUCAUUUCGUUUGCCCAGAUGUGGAUGCAUUUCGUGAUGGAACGGUGUGAACGGGGACGUGGCAUGCGUCCACGCUGGGCCUCGCAGGGUCUCGAAUUCCUCAUGCUUGCCUGUGAUCUGCAGAUCACUCAGCAUCUGGACGAUCGCCAAUUCGAGGAGUUGAAACAGCAAAUGGAUCGCUGCAUUUCGCAUGUGAUCGGCAUCACCUCGGAGCCGGAGAAGGUGAUACGCAAGAAGGCAUCGCCGCGCACACGGAAAACCUCUUCGCCGGCGACCAGUCGCAGCCGGACACCCACCCGUACACCCAUGUCCGCCGGCGUGGUGGUCAAUCCCAAUACGCCGCCAUUGCAAUCACCACAAUACAAUAAGCUGCUCCAUCCACAGUUCAGCUUGAAGGAGGAGCUGCUCCAGCAGCAGCAGCAGGCCUACAGCUCUGUGGACAGUGCCGAUUAUGUGGAGGCGCCAACCGGUGCCGUCAAUGGAGAGUUGCGUCUGCUGGUGCCACAAACGCCACCCAUUUCGUCGGGUAAAACGAGCACACCCUCAACACCGUUGGCCUCACGCCACGAGAGAGUGCGCGAUGCAGUGAAUCGCCUUGAUCUGGAUCUGGAGGAGUGUCUGCGCGAACGCCGGCUCAUUGGGCAGGUGAAGGCGCUGAAUUCGUGCGACAAGGUGCAAAUUCGGGCGCGCAGCGUCAACUUCCGUUGGCAUCGGGGUAUCAAGAUUGGCCAGGGACGCUUCGGCAAGGUGUACACAGCGGUGAACAACAACACCGGCGAACUGAUGGCCAUGAAGGAGAUUGCCGUACAGCCGGGCGAGACGCGUGCCUUGAAGAACGUUGCCGAGGAGCUGAAAAUUCUGGAGGGCAUCAAGCACAAGAAUCUGGUGCGCUACUACGGCAUCGAGGUGCAUCGCGAGGAGUUGCUCAUCUUCAUGGAACUCUGUUCCGAGGGCACCCUCGAAUCGCUAGUUGAGCUAACUGGUGGCUUGCCCGAGGCACUCUCCCGUCGCUUCACCGCCCAGCUGCUGUCGGGCGUUGCCGAGCUGCACAAGCACGGCAUUGUUCAUCGGGACAUCAAGACGGCGAACAUAUUCCUUGUCGAUGGCAGCAAUAGCCUCAAACUCGGUGACUUUGGCUCAGCGGUCAAGAUUCAGGCACACACCACAGUGCCCGGCGAACUGCAGGGCUAUGUGGGCACCCAGGCCUAUAUGGCGCCCGAGGUCUUCACCAAGACGAACAGCGAUGGCCAUGGACGUCUCGCCGACAUCUGGUCCGUGGGCUGUGUCGUUGUCGAAAUGGCCUCCGGCAAGCGACCGUGGGCACAGUUUGAUUCCAAUUUCCAAAUUAUGUUCAAAGUGGGCAUGGGCGAGAAGCCGCAGGCGCCCGAAAGUCUCUCGCAGGAGGGACACGACUUUAUCGACCACUGUCUGCAGCACGAUCCGAAGAACCGUCUCUCAGCCAUUGAGCUGCUCGAGCAGAACUUUUGCAAGUCUGGCCUGGAUGAGGAGUGUAGCAGCGAGCAACUGCAGGCGCAGAUGCGUGGCUCCUUUCGCCGCAACAUGGCGCAAAGCUAAUCCCGAUGCGUCGCAGACUAUAUAUAUAUAUAUAUAUAUAUAUAUGUUAUAUAUAUAUAUAUUAAUACGCGAGUGUAUAAUA